GCCAUGGCCGAGCCCACGACCUACUGCGUGUGCCAGCAGGCGGACGGCGCCGGCAUCAUGAUCGAGUGCAUCCGCGGCUCGGGCGGCUGCAACGGCUGGGUGCACCCGAGCUGCUGCGGGCUCAUCCUGACGCAGGAGGAGCUGGAGGCGCUGGACGCGUACAUCUGCCCGCUGUGCGAGAAGCCCGACGACGACUUCGCCAAGAUGACGGCCUUCAACACGAGCCUGGCCAACCGCCAGGCCAAGCGCGAGCGCAAGCGCAAGCUGCUGGCGGCGGCCGACAAGGACAAGGACAAGGACAAGGACAAGGACAAGAAGCCCGCGCGCAAGCCCUGGGUCUGCGCCGCGUGCCAGCACCCGAACCGCGACCGCCGCACGCGCGAGUGCGAGGCCUGCCACACGCGCCGCGUCAUGGACAAGAAGCCGAGCAAGCACAAGAGCCUCAAGGAGCCGAGCGACGACGAGAAGUCGAGGCUCCUGGCGCAGCAGCUGCGAGCUGACGACGAGCGCCGCCACAGCCAGCGCGCGGCCAACAAGAAGAGGAAGUCGUACCACGUGCCCAACUCGGAUGAGGACCUGGGCAGCUCCGACAGCGACGACGCCUCGUACAAGAAGAAGCACAAGAAGCACAAGAAGCGCCGGCACCACGAGGACGACGGCAGCGAGUCGGACGAGGCCGAGUUCCAGCUGGACACCUGCAAGCUCAAGGACAAGUCCAAGUCCGAGCCUGAAGAGCAGCCCGUGGCGACCAACAUGGUCAUUGAAAAGAUCAUGGGCGUGCGACAAAGAGAGGUGGAGGAGCCCGCCCCGACCCCCGCGGCCGACUCGGCGAGCGCCAACUUGUUCGCGAACCGCCCGACCAAGACGUCGAUCACUGAGUAUCUGAUCAAGUGGAAGGGCUUCGCGUACAUGCACGCGUCGUGGGAGACCAAGCAGGUACUGCUCGACCUGGACCCGCUGACGAACAAGCAGAAAAUCAAGCGUUUCCACGAGAAGGAGCAGCACCGCCUCCACCACCCGCACCGCCAGACGGGAGACCUGGACGAGGACUCUCUUGCGGUGGACGAACUGGAAUACUUCAACCCGGAGUAUCUGGAGAUUCACCGGAUUAUUGCUCACCGCAAAGACACGCCGAUGCCUGCUGACCCCAAUUUCCCGGAUGCUCCUGUGGAUGACGGCAUGCGCUACUACAUCAAGUGGCGUAUCCUUCCGUACACUGAUGCUACGUGGGAGCGUGCGUGCGAUAUCAAGGAUGACGCUGCGCUGGCUAAAUACAAGACCUCAAUUGUUGUUCCUGACGAAGAGGUGUGGAAGCCAAGACCGCGUCCAACUAUCCGUGAAUACCGCAAACUGGACGAGUCUCCGAGGUUUGGAGAGGACCAGUCGCUGUCGCUUCGUGCGUACCAGCUGGAAGGUCUGAACUGGUUGAUUUGGAAUUGGUACAAUGAGCGACCAAGUAUCCUGGCAGACGAAAUGGGUCUCGGUAAGACGAUCCAAACGCUUUCAUUCCUGAGCCGACUGCGUGACGACCCCAAAAUCAAGAUCCGUGGACCAUUUUUGAUCGUGGCCCCGCUGUCGCUGAUUGUGCAGUGGCAAAAUGAAUGUGAGAUGUGGACGACUAUGAACUGUGUCGUCUAUCACGGCAAUAGCGGAUCACGAGACAUUAUUCGCGACUUUGAGUUUCACUAUUUGGAUGAAAACUUACGCCCGGACAAGAAGAAGCCCUACCGCUUUAACAUUCUCGUUACCACGUAUGAAGUUGCGAUUAAGGACAUCGCGGCACUCUCGAAAAUCCAUUGGCGCUGUCUCGUGGUGGACGAAGCUCAUCGAUUGAAGAACCAAUCUUCUCGACUUGUGGAACAAAUGCGUUCUUUGCGUCGCGAUCACUGUGUUCUCCUGACGGGCACACCUCUCCAGAACAAAACUGAGGAAUUGUGGGCCUUGCUUAACUUCUUGGAUGGCAAGUCGUUCCCUAGUGUUGCUGACUUCCUUGAUAAGUUUGGCGACCUUCAUGAAGCUCAGCAAGUGGCGGACCUGCACAAAAUGCUGAAGCCGUAUUUGCUACGACGUGUGAAGGAAGAUGUUGAGAAGUCGUUGCCUCCAAAAGAGGAAACGAUUGUUGAAGUGGAGCUCACGCCCGUGCAGAAGCAGUGGUACCGCGCAAUCUACGAGAAAAACACUGCGUUCCUAAACCGUGGUGGGAACCCGCGCAACGUUCCGAAUUUGAUGAACGUUAUGAUGGAGCUACGCAAGUGUUGCAACCACCCGUACCUGAACAACGGUGUCGAGGAAAUUUUGAACGAAGGCUUGACGACUGAUGCGCAGCGCCACGAGAUGAUGGUAAAGUGCUGUGGUAAAAUGGUGCUUAUUGACAAGCUGUUGCCACGGUUGAAUGAUGGAGGGCACAAGGUGCUUAUCUUUAGUCAGAUGGUUCGUGUAUUGGACAUCAUCGAGGAUUAUUUGCGCUUUUGUGGAUACCUCUACGAGCGGUUGGAUGGUAAUAUUCGUGGUAAUGACCGUCAAGCUGCGGUGGAUCGAUUUGUGAAACCCGAGUACAAGCGGUUUGUCAUGCUACUCUCGACCAAGGCUGGCGGUUUGGGCUUGAACUUGACGGCUGCUGACACGGUCAUCAUUUUUGACAGUGAUUGGAACCCUCAGAAUGAUCUGCAGGCCCAAGCCCGUGCGCAUCGUAUUGGUCAGACUCACUCGGUGAAGAUUUAUCGUUUGAUCACGCGCAAAACUUAUGAGAUGCACAUGUUCCACAAAGCUUCCCUGAAGUUGGGACUAGAUAAGGCUGUGCUCACGCAUAUGCGGCGUGAGAAUGAAGAAGAGGGCGGCAAGAAACGGAACAAGAGCGCGAAAGCACAAGAGUCGAAAGAGAUCGAUGAGCUCUUGAAGCGUGGAGCUUAUGAUUCUAGCUUCUCCAAGGCAAGUUUUGUGUCCGCCACAACCUCUGAUGAUGUGGAUUUGGACGACCCGGACUUUUGGAAGAAGGCUGUGGGGCUAACAGAACCGGACCCAACUGAAGCAGAAGACCUACUACCGCAGCAGCGCAAACGCACUCGUGUUGCUCGCUUUGGCGAUGGAGGCAGUUUCUCGGAUGGCAGCGUUUCAGAUGACGAAUACGAUCAAGAAAAACGCGAUAAGGAAAAGGAAGAGCGUGAAAAGCUUGAGGAGAAGAACAUUCCUCGAGAAUGGACGCAAAAUGGACGCGACCGGUUGCAGCGUGCGCUGAUGCAUUACGGAUUUGGUCGUUGGGAGAUUAUUCGGAGCCAGAGCGGUGGCAGUCGCUCCAUGAAGGAGGUGGAGCUGUUUGCUCGAGGUUUUAUUUAUGUUUCCGGUCUGGCUUGUGAUCAGCGCAAGGAUGACUCUUCUUUUGUGAAAGCGUCUAUCCACGCGGCUACUACGGCUCAAAAGGAAAAUCUUAUCGAUGAAGAGGAAUUAUCGCCAGUUUUGAAAGAGGAGGAUUUCGUUCUCAAGUCAAAGCAAGGUGGUGGUCGACGUGUACUGGUCCGACUAGACAUGCUCCAGCGGCUUCAGCAUCUGGUUACUGCGGCGUGCGAUGCGUGCGACGAACUGUACAAAGAUUCGGAGGAUAGCUCGAAGCCUAGACCGAAACCGACUGCUAGCAUCGACGAACGGGCCAGAUAUUAUGGUGUUGACAAGCUGAUCCCGCAUAUUGAGCUGGUAGACGUUGGUGAACGACCGGCAUGGACGCAGAUCACGCCAUGGUGGAACGAGGAAGCCGAUCGAAACUUGUUAAUGGGCGUAUUCCUUCACGGCUAUGGCCGCUGCGCCCAAAUUUUGGCCGAUCCGCGAUUGCACUUCGCACGGCUAGAGAAGGCUGCUCGUGACCAACAACAAGCGAAUAGUGGUGCCGUGUUAAACCAGAACGGUGUGGCUUCCUCAGCAGUAGUCAAGAAAGAGGGCGCAGCAUCGGCAGAGGGAGGCGAUGACGUGGAUAUGAGCGAUGCUGACUCCGAAAGUGCAUCAAGCUCGGUUAACGAUGACAGCACUCCUAAAAGCAACGGUGGUUCUGGACCUCUCAAGUCUGAAACAGGUGCAAACACUGCAAUGGCAGAAGCCAAUGCUUUUAAGCAACCGGAGGUACAGCACAUGAACCGAUUGCUAAGCUGGUUGCUUUCUGCGGAGGAAAUCAAACGGCGACACGGAAAGGAAAGGUUUAAGAAGGAGCGUGUGGCAAUUGAGCAGCGGCGUCAAGUUGCCCAGGAAAUGCAAGCGCGAUCGAGGACGUUGCGUCGGCUGGAGCUUAAGGCGAUGCAGCUUGCCCAGGUGGAUAUUCUUCGACACAUGGCGGUAUUGCACAAUGCUCGCCAACUACCCGAUCCAACGCUUGUGGCUCCUCCGCAGCAUCGCAUGAAGAAUACGGACUGGACCAAGGAAGAGCGCCGUUCUUUCGCCUACAUGAUGGCACUCCACGGUGCUCCGCGUAUUCUUGCGAAGCGGGCUGUUGUUGCUCCUGAUGGAAGAGCAACUCCGUCGAUGCUGCCGUUUGUGACAGAGCACGCUCGCCCCUUUUCGUGGGAAACAGAUAGCAUCUCGUGGCUCAAUAUUGUGGAGUGGGGCAAUUUGAACAAGAGCGCAACGCUGGCCCGCACGUUUUACGAGACAAAGUUCGCCCCCAAAUGCCGUGAAGUUGCACGAAUGCGGGCUGAUCCGCUUGGCUCAGACCAGCGCGCUGUGGCGUUGGGCGAUCUUAUCGGCAUUGAAUUCGUGGACGCCUUCGAAGGUGUGCUGGCACAUGGACUCAAGGCUCGUAACACAGCUUGGGUAACCAUGCGACGCACACAGUUACUGGAGGAUGUGUUGGAGAUUCUUACAACCAAGCGGGCUGCGCUUGAGGAUUACCUACGAUCUGGGAAGCAGACUCUGGUGGAGGAUAUGCCUGUGUGGUGGUGUCCUUGGAUCCACGACCUGGGAGUGUUUUACGGUAUGGCUCGCUACGGUGUUUACGGCUGGGAGCGCAUUAUGCUGGACCGUCAGCUGCCAUUUCACCGCCAGGCACGAGAGCACCACAUCCGUGCCGUGUUUCUGGAGGGCACGCCCACCUUCCGCCCCCUGUAUCGACACCACUUCGAGUCGGCUGCCGAGAUGAACGCUUGGUUUGUUCGCGUCCUGAACGAGUUCCCGUCGCUGUCGAUUCUGGAGCGUAAGGUGGAGUCGAUUUGCGCUGCGGUGCUCGAAGAGUACGGAGCUACAGCCGAGCGCUACGUGGAGCCGGAGGAUCGUCGCGAAUUCAGCUUGUCACCGCCAGGCAACUGCUUCGAGGAGCUGAUUCUGGCGCGUGUGAAGCACGAGGAAGAGCUGCUUCCGAGCAUCGAGCCUGUCCUGGCAGGAGACGCGUCGUCUGGACCCCCUGAAGCGCUAGCUGCGUUUUUGAGUGAGUCGCAGGGCCGUCGCGACGAGUAUUUACGAGCAGCCGAGGCCUCGAACGCUAUCGGCUCCAUCUCCUCUAGCUCCGCGGCCGCAGUUGCGACGAAUGGGCAGCAAAGCCAAGAAGGCGAAGAGGACCAGCGACAGCAGACAGCGUCGUCGCAAAGCCCUAUUCAGAUGCUGGUCUCGUAGAGCAACAAACAAGAAGAACGACUAAUUUGCAAUCACGGGUGGGUAAUACAUGCUGAGAGAUAAUAGAAAAUCGUCUUUGUCUAUGAUG